CUCUUCGGGAAUGCGGACGCCUGCCUUCUUUUGCCACACCUGGAAUCAAAGCCCUUUUUUCCUGUAACUGUCACUCAGGUUUAAAUAUAUCAAGGAAGUGGAGAGAAUUUGAAGGAACUUGGAAAGGUGAGGGGCCUAAGGGAACCAGGAGCCUGGGAACUGGCAGUGAAGAGGCAGGAAAACAGACAAACAUCAUUGAUUAGGACUGAGGAAGAUAGGGAGAAGAGCCCUCAGCAGAGGCUGGCCUGCAUCAGCCUUCCAGCCAGUGGGGCCACUGAAGCAGGAGUCCAUCCUCAGCACCACACCCCUAAAGACUGCUUGCUGACGUGGGAAACCCAGCUUCUUCACUUCUACUGCAGAGCCCAGCAAUGUGGAAUUACCUCUCCUUGCUGCCUGUCAUCUUAGCUCUGUGGGCUAUAGCUGGCAUCUGGAUUGUUUUUGCAAUUGCUGUGGUUAACGGUUCUGUGGACCUCGAGAAAGGCUUCCCCUUUAUCAGUAACUGUGGCUCUUACGCUCCCCAGAGCUGCAUUUUCGGCCAAAUCCUCAAUACAGGAGCUGCUCUAGCUGUUUGGAUCUGUAUUGUGCGUUAUCACCAACUACGGGACUGGGGUGUCAAAACGUGGCAAAACCAGCUAAUUCUGUGGUCGGGGAUCCUCUGUGCCGUGGGUACCUCCAUAGUAGGCAACUUCCAGGAGAAGAACCAGAAGCCCACACACCUGGCAGGGGCCUUUCUGGCCUUCAUCCUGGGCAACCUGUACUUCUGGCUACAGUUCUUUCUGUCCUGGUGGAUGAAAGGCCUGCCCCAACCCGGGCCCCACUGGAUUAGGCUUCUGCGCCUGAGUCUCUGCAGCCUCUCCACCAUCCUCAUCGUGACCAUGAUUGUCCUGCACUCCCUGCACAUGCGCUCUGCCUCGGCUAUCUGCGAGUGGACAGUGGCCAUGUUGCUCUUUGUGCUCUUUGGCUUCUUCGCCGUGGACUUCUCCAGCUUCCGUGGCUGCACCCUGCACUUACAGCCCCACCUGGACUCCAGCCUCCAACAAGCUCCCUCUGGGUCUCCAAAUAUACAGAUGGCAAUGGUGCUCUGACCAGGCCCCACACUACUGGUAGAGGAAGAAAGAUGGAGCCAACCCAGGCUGGAGGCUGAUGUGGACAGCCUGAUGAGUGCACGGCGAGGAGGACUGGUGCUCACUGCUUAGGGAGGCAGUACCUUGGUACCCACCUGUCCCAGUGAUCAGAAGCACCCCAGGAAUUGAGAGGCGAAGGCCAGCCAGCUGUCCCUGAUCAAGGCUAUUUAUUUUUGUUGUUGUUGUUGUCGCCGCCGGCGGAAUCAGACACGGACGCAGGCAGGAUCACGCGAAACCAGAAUUCCUUCCGGGAGAGCAAAUCCGUACAGAAGGUCAUAGGGGAGUGGGAGAAGGACCUGGUGGGGAGCAGGGGCCCAGGAAGGGGAGUGGGGGUUGGGGAUGACACAGAGACAGAGGGCCCUGUCCGGAUCUGCUAAGCCACCCCCAUCCCUCCCCCACCCCACCCGCAGAGUUUGAUCAAUAAAUAAAAUAAUAAAUAAAUUAAUAAAUAAAUAAAAA